CCAAAGCCGAACUCUCAGCUCUUCGACUUCGCUGUGGUAGAUCGGGUGUGUGCGAAUAUAUAUACAAAUAUAUAUAUAUAAAUCAAUUUUGAACUAGCCUAGCUUAAAAACGCUCUGCGAGUCGUGCCGUACUAUCAUACGCCGUGCAUUCUUUGCGGAUCGUGGAUGUGCCGUGUGUGUAGCCAUAUAAACAAAUAUCGAACAUCCUUAUAGGGAUGCUUAACGAACUAUUGAGUGCGUAGCUCGUAACUCAUAAUUGGUGUUUGGUGAUAAUUGAAAAGCAAAUAAUCUUUAAGCGAAGGAGCUCUUCAACACGAACGGAAUUUACCUGUGCAUCAAAUAUAUAUAAACAUAUAUAUUAACAUAUACAUACAUAUCUCUAAUCGAGUACAACAAAGAUGGCACCGAACAUAAUAGGCAGCACCUUCAUUUUGGCCGAGACGGCCAUUGCCGACACCAACAACAACAAGAUGUCAACAACAACAACAACAACGACCGCAGCUGCACCUGUAAAGGCAGCGCCCGCCAAGCUGGCAAGCCCUGUGCCAGCUGCCACUCCCCAAACGGAUGCAAAGCAGGCAGCAGCGGCAAAGCCCUUCAAGGCCCAAAUUGUGUAUCACAACAUAGUGCUCUUCAUAAUCUUGCACUCGAUGGCACUGUAUGGACUCUAUUUGAUACCAGCCGAGGGCGCUUACCUCGAGAUACUGCCCAUUUAUCUGUUCACGUUCUUGGGCGGCUUGGGCAUAACCGCCGGCGUGCAUCGGUUGUGGUCGCACAAGGCCUACAAGGCGAAGAUGCCACUGCGAAUCUUUCUGAUGCUGUGCCAGUCGUUGGCCUUCCAGAACAGCAUCUGGGAAUGGACGCGGGAUCAUCGCGUGCAUCACAAGUUCACCGAUACAAAUGCCGAUCCACACAAUUCGCGACGCGGCUUCUUCUUUGCCCACAUGGGCUGGCUGAUGUGCAAGAAGCAUCCCGAUGUUGGCAGCAAGGGCAAACAGAUUGAUAUGAGCGACAUUGAGGCCGAUCCCGUUGUGAUGUUCCAGAAGAAAUACUAUUUUGUUGUGAUGCCAAUUUGCUGUUUUGUUCUGCCCAUGCUGUUGCCAUACUAUCUGAUGGGCUCCUCGUUGAAGGUGUGCUUCUUCAGCUGCUCCAUGCUGCGCUAUUGCCUGUCUCUGCACGGCACCUGGCUGGUGAACAGUGCGGCCCAUUUCUACGGCAUGAAGCCGUACGAUGUGAACAUUAGCUCCGUCAACUCCAGACUGGUCUCAAACAUCACCUUCGGCGAGGGCUGGCAUAACUAUCAUCAUGUCUUCCCCUGGGACUACAAAGCAGCUGAGCUGGGCACCUACAACGGCAACUGGACCACGGCCUUUAUCGAUCUGAUGGCCAAGAUAGGCCAAGCCUAUGAUCUGAAGUUCGUCUCCAAGGAAAUGGUCUAUAAGAGGGUCAUGCGCACCGGCGAUGGCACCCACAUUGCCGCCAUGCUGGAUGCCAAUAAUAAUAACAGCAGCGAAGUGCCCACAAAUGAGCUGGUGAUGCAUUUGGAUCAUGAUCUGGAGGAGAAUGUCAUCUGGGGCUGGGAUGAUAAAGACAUCAGCGAGGAGGAUCGCAAAGGCGCCUCAAUUGUGAACAGUGUCCUAGAGAGUAAACAGGAUUAGAAUAAAAAAAUGUUAAUGAUUGCGUCUCUGAUGCGUUAAAUGCCCCUAACAAAUUGAUAAUUAUGCGUGCCUCUCAAUGGUUUUGAAAAUUGGGACUUUUAACAUUUCACAAUAAUAUUCAUAUAAUUGUCCAUGCCCCAAACAUGGUGUUGGUUACAAGCUUACAACAAAUUUCACCAGAGAGUCCGCUUCAAGUCGAACUGUUUAUGCGGCUCAGCAGCGCAUCGGGCGCAAUGAAAGAAAUGGCUUCAAUUCCAAAAAAAAACAAAAACAAAACAACAAACAAACCGGAACAUAUUCGAGAUAAGUCCAAAUUUGUAAAAAAACAAAAAACAACUAACAAAAGCAGC